AUGUUUUCCAGUUGCCAACCCCUCCGCCUUGUGCCGAGAAAGCUCUCUUUGACCACGAGAUCACUGCAUUCGGAUAUCGCUUUUGCAUUUGAUAUUGAUGGGGUUCUAUUGAGAAGUAAGGAACCAAUCCCACAGGCUUCAGAGGCCCUGAAACUAUGCCAGGAGAACAAAAUCCCAUUCAUCUUACUCACCAACGGUGGUGGGACCUUGGAAAAUCAACGCACUGCAUUCAUGUCUGAUGUGCUCAGAGUUCCGUUGUCACCAUCCCAGAUCAUUCAAAGCCAUACGCCAUUCAAGACUCUUGUCUCGCAAUACAAGAAGGUACUAGCUGUGGGCUCUCCAACAGUAAGAGAUGUGGCUGAAACGUAUGGCUUCGAGAAAGUUGUUCAUCCUAUGGAUAUUGUUAGGUAUGAGCCCAGCAUUGCACCUUUUUCGGGCACUUCUCCGGAACGAUUGAUGGAGAUUACCCGAGAGAUUCCCGGUCUAGAUAAAGAGCCAUUCGAGGCCAUCUUGGUUUUCAAUGACCCUCGCGACUGGGGAGCUGACAUCCAAAUUAUUCUGGACAUUCUGAACAGCGAGAAGGGGAUGUUAAACACCGCACGCCCUUCAAAACAAGUCGCAGAUCUCGGUAAGCCCUCUGUUCCCAUCUACUUUUCCAACAAUGAUUUACUAUGGGCAAAUCAAUACAAACUGAAUAGGAUCGGCCAAGGAGCGUUCCGCACAGUGAUCGAAAAGCUCUACUCAGAGAUAAAUUUCGGUGCGCAGUUGCAGAAUACAAUCAUAGGCAAGCCUACGAGAGUCACUUACGAUUUCGCACACCAUAUAUUGAUAAAUUGGCGCGAAAAGCUGGCGAGUGGGUCAAAAGAGGACAUUCCGUUGCCGGCCCUCGGCGUGGCACCGGAAACGUCCCCCUUCCGCAAGGUGUUUAUGGUAGGAGACAACCCAGCCAGUGAUAUAAUAGGUGCGCAUAACUAUGGCUGGUCUACGUGUCUUGUUCGCUCGGGUGUCUAUCGCGAUGGUGACAAAUUACCGUGCGAGCCCACAAUAAUUGCCCACAACGUCCUGGACGCAGUGCGUCGCGCCAUAGCUUCAGUCUAG